AUGGAUGAGUGGAAAUUUCAUUUUUACAGAACUGCACCGCAAGCUUAUAAAAUGCGUGGAACUGUUGAUGUAAGUGAUCGUGUAGAACUCCGAAAACGUUUGCACUGUAAAAGUUUUAAAUGGUUUCUCGAUAAUGUGUGGAAAGAUCAUUUUUUACCACAACCGGGAAGUGCUUUUGGGAGGGUAGUUCAUUCAAGAUCGCAGAUUGGAGGUAUGAAUGGGUGUUUACAUUGGACAGUGCCAUUGGGCGAGAGUAUGAGAGUAGCAGCGAUGCAUAAUUGUUCUGCACCUGACAGUUUCGAUCGUACUGAGAUUUCGCAUAGUACUUCAAGAAAUUGUUUGGUAGCUCGAACUGGUGAACCUGGCUCCAAGCAAACUAGUAUUAUGAUGGCUCGUUGCACAUUGGGCUUUGACUUGUGGCAGCUUUGGUUAUUUACUGAUGAAGGACAAAUGAAAACAGACGAUCAUCUAUGCCUUAGUGCAUAUCAGCCAAUACAAGAACCACGAAAUUGGAAAAUUCAACUGAAAGAAUGUGGUCAGUAUGAAUCAGAGUACUGGGACUAUAAUUUUCACAGGAAAUCAUUCUACCAUCGUGAAAGUGGAUUAUGUUUAGAUCAGCCAUUCGAAGAUCCUAAUGAUUACCAUGCAUUACAUGUUUUGAAACCUACGCUAAGCAGAUGUACACGUGGCGAAUUGAAUCAGGAAGAAGUAAAAGUGAAUCUAAGUUGA